UACAGAAGCACCGCCAAAGAUAGAGAGAGAGAGAGUACUGGCAUUCCAAAGUAAUCGGAAAGGAAAUCAUACGAAAACUGUCACCCCACGCCGGCCAAAGGAUUUGAGAUGGGGGGCAGUCUUGCUGAAGAGCUUUACUCAGAAAGUUUGAAGCUAUCAAAGAAAGACUUGGGUUCUUCUUCAAUCUCCAUUGGUAAAGCAAGUGAUUCACGUGAUUGUGAUGUGGAUGACUUGGAGCGUGAAGGUGGAUCGAUGUGGGAAAAUUCUGGGGAGGAAUUGGAUGAAUCAUCUGAAUUGGACAGGGAAUGGCAGAGGAGACGUGAGCAGUAUCAUAUACAUGGGUAUCGUGAAGGUAUCUCUGCAGGGAAAGAAGCUUCUGCACAAGAAGGGUUUAAUAUUGGCUUUAAGCGAUCAGUCCUUGUCGGGUACAACUGGGGCAUUGUUAGAGGUGUUACCAGUGCAUUGGCUUCCCUUCCAGAUGGGUUAAAGGAACAGUUAAUUGAAACCCAAGAAAAGAGGGAUGAAUUCAGGGUCUUGUACGAAUCUGUUCACUCUAUUUCGACAGUGGAUGCUCUUCGGCUGUUUAAUGAUGAUCUCGUGGCAAAAAAGGCCCUAGAAGGAAGUGAAAAUGCUGAGGCUAGUUCUCGUUUACCAAGUCUGCAGGAGCAAAGUUCAGGCUCGAAUCGUCUAGAAAAUUACUUCGUAGAGCUCCAAUCACUUCUUUCAGCCUGUCCUGCACUCGAUGUACAUUUUCCUGUCAACCAGUAGUUGCUAUUGUAACUUUAAUAUCAUUAAUUAUUUUAGUCUAAACAAAAAUUGGAGGAAAAAAUAUCUGAUACUCUGGCACCAUUUAUUGUUGAACUCAUGUUAUUGAAUAAAUUAUAUUUC